UUCAUUAGGCUCCUGCAGACAGUUUGAAAGCAGCUGGAGAAAACGAAAUAGCAUUGCCCUUAGUUACUGGGAAAUUUUAAAAUCUGCAAUAAAGUCAAUCCUCACAGAAAACCUGUUGAGUAAAAUGCAAUCUCAGCAGAAAAACCAAUCCAUUCGACCUUUCAAGCAACGGAAAAGCUUAGCCACCAGAAAAGAGGAAGUUGCUGGAUUCCGGGCAAAGUUCCCAAGCAAGAUACCGGUGAUAGUUGAACGCUAUCAGAAGGAGAAAUAUCUUCCCCCGCUGGACAAAACCAAAUUCCUCGUUCCCCAGGAGCUGACCAUGACUCAGUUUCUAACUAUCAUUAGGAGUCGCAUGGUUCUGACAGCCACUGAAGCUUUUUAUCUUCUGGUGAACAACAAGAGUUUAACAAGUAUGAGUGUGACUAUGGCAGAGAUCUACAGGGAUUACAAGGAUGAAGAUGGUUUUGUAUAUAUAACAUAUGCCUCCCAGGAGAUGUUUGGCUGCCCAUUGCUCAUGGCCAAUCCUGAGCUGCAGCAUAGCUUUGGCCCAGGGUCCUUCACACACCUUCAGCCCACAUCUGGUUAGGAGGUAAUUGUCCUUUAUAUAAUUCAGCAAACUCUGACAAGUGGGAUUGGUUUUCUCCAGUGAAAAACAGGAUGGGCUGCAGUAAACUGAAUAGAACCAAUGAACAAAAUCCAGGCAUCUGUCUGCUUUUGGUCAUUGAAAGUAUAAAGCCCUUAGAAAACAUUCAGAAUGGGAGUGGGUUACUUCAUAUAGUGCCUUCAUAUAAUCAGUCUUAUUGAAGAAAAGAAGACUGAAAGUUGAAAUUAUGUUUAAAUAUAAAACACUUCUACCGAGUCCCAGAGUAAGGAAUUCAAUGGAGGCAUCAUCUGUCUUGCAUCCCACUUUGAGGAAAAGACUAUACUUAAUCUUCUGAGUCUGUAGAGAAUCACUAUUCUACAAGUUAUCCCUGCUUGGUUAAAAAAAAAAAAAAAGUCCCAUAUAGCUCAGGAAAUCCUGUUUAAAACAUAUCUGCAAAAUCUGCCUUUAUUAAAAUUUCUGCUGCUUUGUAUUGGACCCCAGGUGUAGUCCCAAAUCCAUAACUAUUCAACUUUCAAAACCAUUUUUAAAAAAUCCUCCAAAUACCAAAUCUGUACUACUUCUGUGUAAUCCCUGACCACAGCUUUAAAUACUAGUUUGCCUCCUCUCAUCAGUACCUCCAAGACAUUUCACUUGAAUUUCAAUUGAAUUGUCGAAUCAGCGCUUAUAAUGGCUUUAUCUCCUGAAACAUCUCUAUAAUUUUAAAUUUCUUGCUUGAAUUGUUUGAGAACUUUCCAAAUAAAUCACUGGUAGUGUUAGCAAGACAAGCCCCGGUACUUUUUUUUUUUUUUUUUUGGUUUUGGAGGGGGGUGAAGGAGGAGGACAAGGUUGACAGUGGCUUUGAUGUUAUUUGUUGACUGUUUCAGGAAAGGACAUUUUUUGAGAGUGAGUUUCCUGUAGAAUAUCCAUCGUUGGACAAUUUAGAGAUUUCUGAUGAGUCCAUCAAUUAUAACAUUAAAUUAAUACUACAAUUUCCAAAUGUAAAUAUACCUUGGCCACAUUUUAAAGCUCAUUUAAUGCUAUUUUUUCUACCCCAGCUUCAUCUUACACUGACCUGUUCUUACUCACAGAAUCUCCAUGUUAGAAGGGACUUCAGAGAUCUAAUAGGGAAGCCGAGACCCUUCUUACAGUGUUGUUGAUAACUGAAUUUUCAGGAGACUCAUGAAAACUUCUAAUGAGAUGGUAACUCACUACCUGAAACCCAUUUUGGACAACAUUAAUUAUGUCCAUGAUUUUCUUUAUAUUGUGUCAUUGUAAAAAAUUGGAGAGAGAAUUCCUGGGUAAUUUAGUCAUUUUAUUAAUGAUGCCAGAAUUUUAAUAAAAGGAUGACCAUUUGGCCAUCUGUCUCUUAGACCAAA